AUGGCCCAACAAUCAACAAGCAUAGAUGAAUCGAGAUCGUCGACACGACCUCCACCAAGAAAGAAAAAGAGAACCCUUGGCACUUUCCCCUGUCAACAUUGUGAUAAAGUAUUUAGUCGUUCAGAUCAUUUAGCAAGACAUAAUUUGAAUCAUGAACCAAAAGAAGUUUUUACUUGUGAAUUCCAACUUUCAAAUGGUAAAAUAUGUUCCAAGACAUUUGUUAGGAAGGAUUUGAAAGAACGACAUUAUAGACGUCAUUUAGAGAUGGGUGAUGGUCAUCUGCUGCGACAAAAUAGCGAGACUGAUGAGGAAGGUAUGAUGACUAUAUCUACUAUGGGAACUAGUGGUAUGGCCUCAAGCAGUAGUGAUUCUAUUGGGAGAACAAUUCGUCGUGAUCUGGAAUUCACCGGUGAUGAAAAGCCCCUGACGGUCGAAGAAGUGAAUGACUUACAAUAUCCUAGUCAUCGUGCAAAGAUGGAUCCUAAUCUAAUACAAAUAAUACCACCCCAACCACAGCCACAACCACGACAACCACCAGCAAUGAUGGGUCCAUUAUCACAUCCACCUCCUAUGCAUUCUGCUACUAGUUCACUACAUUCUACCCCUCAUAUAAUUGAACCAAGUCCCAUUGGGUCAAUGUCAUCCGUACCUCCACAACCACAAAUACCCGAGAUGCCACAACAACAUGUUCCACCUCAACAAACUUAUCCCAAUCAGCCAAUUAAUCAUUUAUUCCCUGCACAACCAACAGCUUCUCAUCAGAGACAGCCAACCCCGCUUUCGCAAUUUCAAAUGUACCCUGUUCAAGAACAACUGCCAUUUAACCAAUCUCAAAACUUGAAUGAUUUGUAUAAGGCAUAUGGAGCUCCCACUGGUCAAACCCAGAAUGAUAUUUUGUCUUGGUUAUUCACUGAUUCACCACCUAAUCCAACGAAAUCCGAAAAGUCAGAUUCAGGUUUCCAACAACCACCACCACCACAGCCAGUGCUUCCUCAAACGGUUCAACCUGCGCCAGCUGCAUCGCCACGACUACCUCCUCCUCCACUGCAACAAUUUUUGGGUCGUACUCCAGGCAUGCUUCCACCAACACCAUUGGGAUUUCCUACACCAUAUACAGAAUCUCAAUUCAUGCAAACGCAACUUCUGAAUCCAAGCAAUUUCCCUGUCGAUCCGGGGUUUAAUAAUAAUAGUAUAUCAGGAAACUAUGGAUUUCAAGAUGUGAAUAUAUUCCAAAAUGAUGAUAAUCCACUUGAUGAAAUCUUUUUAAGGGCUGCCUUACCUUCUGAUCCAAGGGGGAAUUUGAUGCCACCUGGUCAACAACAACUGGGACAAGAUAGUGGUGGUGGUAAUAAUAAUAAUUUAGCUCGAGCGCAAUAUGCUUCAUAUCUUAGUCUAAAUACCGCAUCAUCGACUUCGCCAACAAACACGAAUGAAUCAAAUACGUCUCCCUAUUAUUGUCCAGAUGUGGAAAAUGGUCUAGAUCCAUUUGAAGCUAAAUUAAUUCAUCAUGCUGAGAAAUGUAAUCUUGAAAAAAAUCCCCAUUAUUUUAUAGAUUGUCUUCUUUUAGAUUCAAUUCUAAAAUGUCUUGGGGGGUCCAUAUCUCGAGAAAUGAUUUCGGAAAUAUUCAAACCAGAAACCGACAGAUAUACAAUCGAAGAUCGAUUAUCUUACUAUAUCUCAAUCUACUGGACCAUCUUCCAUCCACAAUUCAUGAUCCUCCAUCGACCAUCAUUUGAUACAAAAGAUUGUGAUCCAUUAUUAGUCAUCUCCAUGAUUCUCAUCGGUUCGGUUUAUAGUUGUCCCGAUAUUGCCGAAUCACUUGGACAAACCCACCAAAAAUCACCCGAAUUCAAAUUCACCUUGCUCAUUAGUAAACCACUCCGAUUUGCGAUUUUUCAACAUGAUGAAUUCAAAUCACCAGUUCAGGUCUGGAUAUUGCAGAGUUUGGCGAUGUUGGAAUGGAUUGAGAAGAAUUUCCUUAAUCGGAGAAUGCAUGAACGGGGACAUGUCCAUCAUGGAACCAUGGUGCAAUUAUUACGUCGGUCUCCGGCCUUGGGUGGAAAUCCCGCGGUUAUGAAGGGUGGGAGAAAUGGAGGGAGGAGCAAUGCUGGUAGUGGAUCGAAUACGAGUGCCGGGGAAGAGGAUAUGGAAGGGGUGGUGGAGGUUGUGGAUCCGAAAGAGAUGGAAAAGAAUUCGGAUGCCGAAUUGUUUUGGAAAUGGAGAGAUAGUGAAAGUAUGAAGAGAAUCACGUUUAUGAUAUUUUAUGUUGAUAUUAUUGAUUAUGUGAAAUUUAGACAUAAUCCGGCGAUUAUGUUUUAUCAAUUACAAUUAUUGAAUUUACCUUGUGAUGAUGAAUAUUUAUGGGAAUCAAAAGAAAUAAAUGGAAGUUUUAAAAAAUUGGUAAAACGUCAAAAGAAGCUUCAAUCAGAUUUAAAGAAACUUAAUAGUCAAUCAAAUACAUCAAUUAAAAUUAGGAAUGGUGAAAGUUUUUUAAAUGUAUUAAAAAAAUUACUUAAACCAUAUAAAGAUUCUGAUUUUAAAAUCCAAUCCAAAUUAUCAAUAUUCACUCGUAAGAUCCUUUUAGCCGGUUUAGUGUCUAUUUUAUAUCAAAUGCAACAAACAGAUCUUCAAAAUAGUUCUUCACUUCUUACAUCCAAUGGAAUCAUCACCACCAACAAAUCUAAAGUCUGGAAAGAAAUCUUGAUAAAAGCAUUUGAUAAUUGGAACUAUUCCAUUAUGCAAUAUUAUUAUAGCAAUCAUUCCAACUUAUCCAACUCCAAAAUAUCCAUCUAUAAUGAUUUACAUAAUUUAGAAGUACCAUUACCGAUGUAUUACCUAGUGCAAAUCAUCGGGUUAUCCGAUAUAAAUCAUUACGAUAUUGCCAUCUUUGGUGGAUCCCCGGCAAAUCAAAGUGUGAGGGCCACCAUGAAAGAUCAUUAUAUCGUCCAGAGAAAAUUGUCGAAUAUUUGGGGUGGGAAUAUCAGUCAUCAUAAGAAUAAGAAUAUAAAUGAAUUAACUAAUCUAAGAAGUGUUGUGCAUUGUUAUUUGUUAUUAUGGCAAUUGAUGUUAAGCCCCGUAGAUCCAGAUGAUCAUGAUGGGUUGAGUGUUAAUCAAGGCGGGUUUUUGAAUUGGAAUAGUAAUGCAGAUUAUUAUGAUUGUAUGUAUGCGAUUUCGAUUGCGACAUUGGUAUUGUGGUGUUAUUGUUUUACGAAGUGUGGCCGGGAGAGUGAGAGAUUUGGUGAGAUUGAGAAGGAAACUGAAGAAGAUGAUGAAGAUGUGAUGUAUCUGACACAAGUCCGGUUGAAUCAAAAGCAAUAUUCUGAAUUGAGACAAUAUUGUGCCGAAGAUGGAUAUCAAUAUUUAAAUCGGGUUAGACAAGAGUUUUUAACUAAUUUGAGGAAAUUUAAUCUCCAUAAACAAUUCAACUUACAUAGUUUGAAAAGUUCAGAUGAAAAUACAAAGAUAUCUGCUAAUGAAAUGUUGGCUAAAUACUGUGAUUUGCUACCCCAGAUUUCUAAUAAACAAAAUAUUAGUGGUCUUUGCUUUUUAAUAGGAACGAAAUUAAUGACUAGUCAAUGGGAAAUUAUUCGUGAAAAUGCCAAAUUGAUAUUGAAUUGUGGGUUUAGAUCAAUUGGAAAGAAGAAUAUAUUAUGCCUUGAUUUAUUUGAUAACGAAUUUAAUGACUAA